CUUUUUCUUAAUCCUCUCAAAAAGCAACCACAAACUGUAAACGUUAGUAUUCACUCACACUUAGCACUAGUUGUAGAUUGUUGGUGCUGUUCGUCUGCACUUAAGGAGCAACGAAAUGCCGGAGCUCGUGCCGUCCGAGUGGGGCGCCGAGGCCUUACGGUUACGGAACGAGGAAGAGCUUUCUGCGAAGGCUAUCGCGGAAAAGCUAGCUGUCUCUCUCCGCAGCCUGAAGAACCUUUUCACCAAGGAAAACGCCAAGUUGGAGUCGAUGCCUGGUCUCGGGUCGCUCAUGUCAAAUACGGUCGUGGAGUUGGUCUUUCAGCCGAGAUUUCAGGCGGCUCUGCAUGGAUACAUGACCACGAAUCUCAAGGUUUUCGACCUCGAACAGUUCAGCAAGCGUCGGAUGCCGCUGGUCGUCAUGCCGCCUCCGGAACCGAUUGAGGCCCUCUACCCGCUUGGAAGUUGCAAGCUGGUCGCAACCAUCAUUGGUACGCUUUGCAGCCCGUUUUCCGAAACAGACAAAUUCGAAAACAGCGCAAGUUUAAUUUCCUGACCCGCAAUGCUGACUUCGGCAAACCUGAAAAGCCAAAUGCGGACGAAGAGGUACUGCGCGGCGCGGUCGCGACGGCUUGCCGCAAGAUGAAGACAAACUCCGGAGUCGGCAUGUGUC